AUUCAUGCUGAAUGUACAAUUCUCUCAAAGGAAUAGUGUGCAAUAACCUUUUAUACUUGUGACUUUGACAAACUGUUUUUUGACACGUACGUUAAAGCGGAAGUCUAACCACAAACGACAGAGGGUUUGGCCUAUGCUUCAAACUUGUCACUAGAAAGGGGAACAGUAUCCAUUUUGAAGUUCCCAUUUCAAUAUGGCAUGUGUAGUUCUCGCUCUUCUUACAAUCAUACCAGUGGUGAUGGGAGAUACCACUGGUUACCUGGGAGAUUCUGUCACCUUGUCUUCUGGAGCUAACUUAUCCUGGAUCUUGAGCAAGAUAGAGUGGUCUAUAUUCAGCAACAACACCUGGAUUGCAACGUACAGGAAAGAAACAUACACUCUCGAAACAUACACUCUCAAAACAGACCGUUUCUGGCAGUUUCAGGGUCGUCUAAGACUCAACAUCUCGUCCGGGGACUUAGAGAUAAGAGAUGUGAGGAUAGGGGAUGCACUGGUUUACUCUGUUCUCCUUAAAGACAUUAAGGGAGAGCAGCAGAGCCGAAAACUCAAGCUCACUGUGACAGAGCAUCUCAGCAAGCCCAGCGUGCGUAAGGUCUUCAGCAUGUUGAAGGACAGCCAUUGUGUGAUGGCUCUUCAGUGCUCCUCUUCAGUGAAGGACACCAACCUCUCCUGGGAACCAGAGGCUGCGUUUGAGGAUGCCUUCUGGAGGGGGAAUUCCAACACCAACGUCUCUGUCGUCUGGACGUCUUACAGCCCCAACAGAAAUGCCACCUUCAACUGUACUUCCAGCAAUGGGCUCUCUAAAGCCUUCCGGGUUGUGACGGAGAGAUGCCAAGAGCCCGACGUGGUGGGAGAGACCCGCUUCCCUGGAAUUGUUUUUGUAAUGUUGCUCUUAGGAAUUGUGUUCGGAUGUGUUUUAACAUAUACUUGUUUUAGAAUUGAGUUAAAAAUGUUCCCCGUAUCAACUUUGUAAACUUUGUUUUCAUGUGCAUGAUGCCUUGCUUAAAAUUGAUGUUAAAAAAAAUCCGCUGCAGCUGAUUUGUUUGAUCCUUUCUUGCUGCAGCUUUCCGCUCCCCUGAUUGCGGAGUAAUUGACACAGGUUUGUUAACUGCCAAUUAUCUUGGGUGCUAUCCCCAGGCAGUCCAUGUUCUCCCUCUCCACAAAGGUGGUGACCCCUCCGACCUAAACAAUGAUCACCCUAACUCGAAAUGGUCUUGCCUAGCAAAAAUGAUAGAAUCAUUAAUCAACUGUCAGCUAAGAUCCUUCCAAGCUACGAGAUGCAUUCCAAGCUAUGAGAUGCAAGUGUUCACCAGUCUGGCCGGGUCAUAGCACCAUCUCAGCAGCAAACUUGGUAUUGAAGGAAUACUUCGGGAUUUUGGCAAUGAGGCACUUUAUCUACUCCCCCAGAGUCGAUUUUAGGUCCUGUACUUUUUACUGUCUGUAUAAACAAUGUUGGUUUAUUAGCUUUUUUUUUUACAUACACCUGUAUGCAGAUGACACUGUUGUGUAGUACGCUAUUGCCCCAACAGUUGACCAGGCUCUUUUGGAGCUUAAUUUUGUCCUUCAUUGCUUUGCAGAAAGCCUUUGCAAACAUCAUUUCUGAAUUUAAAAGUAAUCCAAUAAGUAAUCUUUUUUUUUUUUUUAAGUAUCUGUAAUCUGAUUACAGUAUUUUUGGUGGAAACUAAAUGGUUUCAGUUACCAUUUUUUUGUAAUCAGAUUACAGGUUACUCCCCAACCCUAGUUUGUAAUCAGAUUACAGGUUACUCCCCAACCCUGGUAUCAUAAUCACGCGUAAUUACAGGCGAUAGAUUCAAUAUGCAUCACUGCAUUCUGUAUCAGAAAGUAUGCUGGCCCUCUUUGAUGUUUUGUAGAUCAAUGCAUUGCACUCUUUUUGCUUAUAAAUACCUCCUGUAUAAACUUCCGCCGUACUUACUGUACUUCAUUGUUAACUUACAGAUGUAUGAGAUACCAGACCCGGUCUCGAGGAUGGCUAACUUUGGAGAUCCCUUCGAUCUCCAAUGAGUUAGGUAAAUCUGAUUUUAGUUAUCUUGAAUUUUACUUGUGGAAAGAUCUCCAAGGCUCUCUAAAGUUGGAUGAAUUGGGGCCUCUAGGGCAAUUCAAAAGGCUGAUUGAGGACCUUUUUACUGAAGAAUGUAUUUGUUUUCUAUGACUGUGUUUAUUUUUGUAUUUUGAUGUGUGCACUAUGUAUAUUGAUGUGCUUAUGAACUGUAUAUUAAUGUGUAUACAGGGUUCAUCUUUAAAAUAGACCUUGGUCUUAGCAUGACUCCCUGUUCAAAUAAAGCUUAAUUAUUAUUUAUA